AAUCACUACUGUAACAACCAAGCGAAGGCAAAUUUAAGUUUUAAGAGAGGAACCGAAGGGUCGACGACCAUCCGGAGCAGACCGGCGGGGUGAGGCGCAGCAGAAGCCCAGACCUGAACCACCCCAAUCGGCACCGCUGUCACUUUGAGCCCGGUUAAAACGGGUUUCAGUAAAUCCGAAGAACGCUGGCGUCGAUGAAACCUCGGUCGAGUAGAACACAAAAGGCGGGUGCUUAAGCUGAAGAAGUCUCACCCCGCAGCUCUUCUCCAGAGAGGGGUGAGACUCUGGAAGCCGCUCAGACGCGCUCUCCAGCGGGCUGCAGGCGUUCGCGUCCACCCCAGGUUCGGCCGAGCAGCCGGACGGUCCGCAGAUAGCGUCGGUUCCGGACCAGGUGGCGAUUCAAGAUGGCGAGCGAGAGUGCGCAGUGUAUACUAACACAGGUGGUGACGUCACAAUCGAGUCCGCCGCGUGUGUCUUCCUGCAGCCUGGAAAACAAGAUGUCGGCCCGGACGGAGCAGAACUGACGAAACACUCGGACCCAUGUCGCCACGGCUGGUCAUUCGGUGUGGCCGAGCAGUAAGAAGGUUGUCAUCGUGACUUUUCACUCAGAUGAAUCUGAAGUGGCGCCUGUCUGCACUUUAAAUGUCUCGGACCUGUUCAUGGCUUCUAAAAAGAAGCAGCAAGCUAUGGUGUUUGAACGGAUUGGAUCCAACAGCCCCUCAGUGGCGUCAGAGGCCUGGAGCUCACUGACGCCAACUGCCCUGAAACCCAGGAACACAAGUAAGGGCAGCGAUGGCACGGGCUGCAGACGGUCGGAUGUGUUCGGACGAUCCAACAUGCAUCCAACAAAGGAAAUGCCUGAGAAGUCUGGUCGACAACUUUCUACCAAACAUGAUGUACAUCCCAAAAAUCAAUCAGACAACCUGUCGCCAGACUGCUGCCGUCGAGGAAUCAAAGUCACUUUGGACAAUAACAACAUGUGGAACCAGUUUUUUAGAUGCAAAACAGAGAUGAUUGUGACUAAAGAAGGAAGCAGGAUGUUUCCAUCCUGUCGUUUUCGGGUUUCUGGCCUACAACCAUCCAAAAAUUACGUCUUUGUGAUGGACAUUCGGCCAGCUGACGACCAUCGGUACAAGUGGGACGGUACCAGUUGGAUAGCCGAUGGAAAAGCAGAGCGACACGUGAAGAGCCGGCCCUUUUUCCAUCACGAGUCCCCGGCAGUGGGCCAGCACUGGAUGCAGAACCCAGUCUCUUUUUACCAGAUGAAGCUCACAAGCAACAUUUUAGACCGAGACGAGAAGACUGUACUUCAUCCGGCUCAGCGCUACCUCCCUCGUCUUCAUGUGAUUCAAACUGACAAGGCUACUAAAGACUUGGAUCUGAAAGGUCCCAAUGUGGUCACCUUUGCUUUCCCGCAGAUGGAGUUCAUGGCGGUCACCGCGUACCAGAACAAGCAGUUUGUAAAGCUGAAGGUGGACUACAACCCUUUUGCUAAAGGUCUGAAAGACGACGGUGGGAACCUAUUGGGCCACCGACAGAAAGUUAAUGCAGGCACAGACUUGAGCAAAGAUGGAGGCCACUCAACUAAGGAGCAAUAUCCUAUGAAGAAGAGCCUAAAGUCUUUGCUAGCAAACCACAAACCUCGCAGCUCGAAACCUGCAGAUCCUUCAUUGACACCAGAAGUCCUGGAAAAGUCUGUUAACAGACCAGGGGUGGAGAGCUCUCCCAGAAGUUCCAGCGGUGGUACUCCUCCAGCACAAAAGCUCUUCUCUGACUUGAUCCGGGAGGCUCAUGUGGCAUUGAAGCGCUGUGAUGUGGACCAGUUGUGUGUCUCUGAGAAAGCCAGAGCACCCUCAGUGCAGAUCAGUUGUGACCAAGCCAAGCAAAGGAAUAUCAAAGAAUCGGCUCGGCAAUCGUCUCGUGAGCGAUCAACUAUGGAAGCUGUGGAGACCAGCACAGCUAAAAAGAAAGUAAAGGAGAUCAGGCGAGCUUCGAACUUGCACAAACACGAGGACAGGUUGCAAGUCAGUGAAGCACCUGUUCAAAAUUCAUCCAAACUCCAGGAACAGUCUGAGGCCAGUGCAAAGCCACUCAAGCGCCCUGCACCGCUACCUCUGCCGGCCCUUGCUCGCUUUCUCAAACAGCAUUCACUACAGUCCAAGAAGGCAAAAAACCAAGCGGAGCCUCCUCCUACCAACGCAGCUCCUAAAUCUGCAUUUCAACUUUCUUGUCCCCAGGCCAGAACCAUUCCGCACAAAGACUCGCAUACUGACACUACAAAAGUUCAAUUUGGGGAGUCUGCUCGUACAGAUCCUGAUCAGAAUUCUAUUGGUGGUGGACAAGCAAGGACAUCAAACUAUCAGUGUUCCAGUAUGGAGAAGGACAUGUCCAGCUCUGAUCGCUCUACCUCAGCUCUGCAGAGAUCCAGCCGACAUGGUUCUCCAGUGUUAGCUCAGUCAGAUCGACUGUGCGGUAACUUUGAGUCAACAUUAUGUCCAACUCCAUCUGGUUCUGGCACCUUGUCUGGACCUGGGGAGUCAUUGCUACCCAGUGUGUGCCUUCCACACUUGCCACCCGAGGCAGUGUCCACCACGCUACCCUCUAAACCCUACAUGCCUCUCCCUGAUCCCAACUGUUCUUUCAUGUUUGAGCCUUUGUCCCCAGCAAGUUCUCCUGAGCCGCUGCCAGCGUUACCGGUCUCUUUGGCUCUGGCCUUGGAUCCUAACUCCCCUGAGCAAGUGGCAAAGAGGCCUCACUCUGGUGAGAUGCUGGCGCGUGAGGACUCUGUGUUUAAAUGGCACACACUGCUGCCUCCCUCGGAGACCCCGUUCAUUGAUGUGUCGUACCCAACAUUUCAGCCAUCUCUUCAACAGCUUCCACUCCCGAUGACAUUGCACAACACACCACCUGCCUCACAGCCAAUUUAUCCUCCUCACAGUUCGAUCCCAUCAUUUCAAGACAACGAGCAGUCGCUCCCUUUUCCGGCAGAACUUUCUCCACUCGCUCUUCCGCUGGCUUUGUCCCCAACCUUCUCCUCUCUGGAUGGAGAAGGGCUGUCACCCACUCCCUCCAUUGCCGACCUUGUCCAGUUUUUCUCCAACACUGAUGAACUGGGGAUGGGAGUGGAGUUCCCUCCCACUGAGGAAGCUCCUCCUUCAUGCCUGCCCCCUAUAUCUGUUGAGAGCACUGCAACUGAGGUGCAACAGCAGGUGAAAGUUGCCGCCAAAACUUGUAAGACAAAAAAGAAAAGCCGCUCACGAAAACUGGACAAGCCCAGUGUGGAUGAUGAGCUGCAUGAGUCCGACACCACCAUGAGACCAAACAUGGAGGAAGUAGAGGAGCAGCUAUUUAUCUCCUUUACGUCAAAGGAGGCUCUCAAGCUUCACAUACCAGGUUCCCCGGAAGACCCCGAACCAGUUGCUGAAGAUGAUAUUAGGACUGAUAAUCUACCACAGGUGGAAGUUCAACCACCACUGUGGGCUGAAGUUCAAUCUCAGCCAGUGUCACCUAAACCAGAGGCCCACAGUCAAUUACAAGCGCUGACCAAUGACUCACCACAACCUCAGAAAACAGAGCUGGAGUCUGAGAUCCAACCAGGACCAACAAAUGAGGCUCAGCUACCUUUGCAGACUGAAGGUUCACCACAACCACCAAGUCAGACUGAGGCGCUGCUGUCCACCGAGGCCGGACAACCACUGCAGAACGAAGCUCUUCCUGAGCCCUUAAUUGAGCGUCCAACAGAAAGGAGGCCACCCAAGGGUCCACGAAGAUCUAAGUUUAAGCAAGUUCCGGUCGAGAGAGAAACUGAAGUUGCAGAAGUGGAAGGACACCAGGAGGACGACCAGACCAUCAUAGCUGCAGAGAAGAUACUUCUGAGGGAUGUGAAGCUGAUGAGGCACAGACAGAUCAUCCACCCAGUCCUACAGGAGGUGGGACUCAAGAUGAAUCUGCUGGACCCGACUCUGACCAUUGACCUGCAGUACCUCGGCGUCCGUCUGCCCAUCCCCCCACCUGGUGUCCCCCUGCAACCACCUACCCAGGAGGAGCCUCUAAAGCAGAGUGUUUCUCCUGUGUUUGUAUCCAGGACUGGUAAAGCAUCAGAUGUGACUCAGAUCAAGGGCUGGAGAGAGAAGUUCACUCCAUCAGAGCCUUCGGCAUUUCCUGAAGCCGACAAGCCUGAAGCACCUCCCGUCACACCGGAGACCACCAAGAAGAACUUGUCUGCCUUCUGCAGUGACAUGUUGGACGAGUACUUGGAGAACGAGGGCAAACUGAUCGACCAGCGUGCCGCCAGCUUCUCUGACAACCUGGUGGAGGCGCCACCGUUCCAGUUGCCACUCAACAACAGCCUCAGUCGGCCGCUCAACACCCCCCUGAGCUCAAGUUCCUCACUCAUAUCUGGCUUUGUGCCUCCCUCCAAAAGACCCAAACUUCCCACCAGAGAACCCAAAAUUUCCCGCAAAGGAGAGAGGAAACAGAAGAUCUUAAAGAAGAAGUCCAAUCCUAAUCCCCCUGAUGUAGGCCCUACUGAGACCAGUCCAUCAGUUCGAACCAAUAGCCCCUCACCAGAAGUUCCCCUUCCCUUCACUGAACCUGUAAAAGAGAAGACCACUACCACUCCUGAACUUCUCAGGAGGAAGAAAAGAUUCAAGCCCAAAAGCUCCACUCAGUCAUUGGAUCUUCCCCGGCCCAGCGCCGACAUGGCACCGCUGGAAUCUGACACGGAGCUGGACCCUCCGGACCAAUCCAGUGAGUCGCCAGUGAUGACGCGAGCACUGCUAAAACAGAGAGACCUGGAGGACGGGGUUAUGUGGGAGGGUCGACAGCGCACUUGCGUGACUCUGGAGCGGGCCGGUAUUGCCCUGACGUCGCUCUUCACGCUGUCGGGCUUUGUCAGCGAGAAUCCCACCGCUCCCAUCCUGCUGCCCCGCAGACAGACACCGUCUUGCUUGAACGACUUCUGCCGACUUGGCUGCAUCUGCUCCAGUCUGGCACGGAACCCUCGCAGCAGCCACUGCGGCCGACCCGAAUGCAUGUUUGGCUGCAGUUGCCUGAAGCAGAAGGUGGUUCUGCUCAAGCACCUGGACAGCUCAGACUCUGGGUCGUCGCACCACAGCCGGGGCCACAGAAGGAGGAGGCACAAGAAGAGGAUGAAGAUGGCGUAUGUUCUGAAGGAUGCAGACAGUGCUGCCCACCCAGCGGAGCGGAUUAGGACCUUGUGGAAGAGACACAACCCGGACUCCGAUCCAGAUCCUAUCUUCAUCCCUAAAUCUCCGUUGCGCCACAAGGUACCACAGACGUUGUGCCACAGCAAAGGGCCGAAAAUGUGUGACAAUCAGAAGACGCAGGUACAAGCCCUCAACGGCAGCUGCGCCAGAGUACGAGUCUUCCGGGGAAAGAAGAUGCUAGUCAGAACAAAGGGUGGCAGCAGCUCAUCGGACCGUCCAACCAAACCCAUGAUGAAGAAACCCACCAAGAAAAAGAAAGGGAAGAGAAUGGGGAUGAAGGUGAGUGCUGCUGCGAUCCAAGCUGCCGGAUCAGAGGAUGCUUCGAGUAGUCGUGCUGGGCCGACCCAGAGUCCAGGUGCAAAGCCAAAGUUCACUAAACUGUCGGAGCUGCUAAAAAACCUGACCAUCAUGGCUGAGUGUACGUGGGACAACAUGGCGGAGCGGAACACUGUUAUCAUGACGCUGUGCAAGCUUCUGGCCCAGGGUCGGCUGGACAAGCCUAUGUGGAUCCACAACUACAUGAUUCGACCUUUCACAUACACCGUGAAGGAGGAUGGGGAAGAGCCGCAGGUUCAGUACCGCGUGUACAUUUCCAAACCACCGGCAGGGAGGAAGACCAAAUCUGAGAGCACUGUCAAUGAAGAGCCACUGGUCCAGGACAAGAGUGCCAGUCCAGUGGAGGAGGAAAUACCAGAAGUGAAGACAGAUCCUGUGGAGGACUGGCAGCGAGCUCUGGACUCUGAGAUAGAUGAGAAUGAAGCAGAGUCUGUGGAGGACUGGCAGCGGGAGGUGGAGUCGGAUGAAGCGGAUAAUGUGGACAAAGAUGAGCCCGUCCAGCAGAUAAUGACAAAAGACCUGGCGCUGCCCUUCCUGUCCAGGGUCUCACCUGCUGGCUUCCUCUCUGCCAGUUUGAAGCAGCCGAACAACAGCGACGUGGUCCAGGUGAAUGGGAAGUUCUAUCCUCUGGCCAAGAUCCAGUUGGGGAUGAUGGGUGCACUGCACCCUGCCAACCGCCUGGCUGCCUACCUAACCGGGCGCGUGGGUGUUGCCAAGAGACCGCCCAGUUCUUCGUCAUCUGUGGAAUCCGCUCAGGCCACCUCAACACCUCCCGUGGAGUCUGCUCCGACCACCUCGACACCUCCUGUGGAGUCUGCUUCGGCCACCGCAACACCUCCUGUGGAGUCUGCUCCGGUCACCUCGACACCUCCUGUGGAGUCUGCUCCGGCCACCUCAACACCUCCUGUAAACUUUGCUUCCACUACCAAUUCCUCUGAACCCCCACAGACCUCGUCCUCUGUACUCAAGAUCCAGGUCCAGCAUCCAGCAGCACCUGCGGUCUCCCCAAGCUUGCUGUCCUCUAUGGUGGUCCAAUCCAGUGCCCAGCUGAUCCCGCUGCCCUUAGUCCCGGCUCCUCCCAGCCAGAAGAUAAUGCUGAAGAUGGUCAUGACCAAAACUGGCGAGAAGCUAUUUCGCAGACCAGACGGGAAGCUGGUCAGACUGGUUCCGGUCUCCCAGUUGAAGAAGACCGACGUGGAAGCCCAAAAAGGUGUCUCCGCUGCUUCGGCCCUCCCCUGCACAGUGCCUGCACCAUCUGCCCCUCAACAGCCGAGCUCAGCUCCUGUGCUGCCUGUCAACUGUGGUCUGUCUGGCCUAAAAAACUUUAUCGCUUCCCAGAACCUGGUCAUGCUCCACUCAACUUCCAACCAAGUGAACCAGAAUGGAGCAUGUGCUACCAUUAAGGUCCUGCCCCAGCCGUCCAAACAGAGUCACCUGUUCCUUCGGCUCAACCCAAUACCCUCUGCAAAAACUGCUAGCACACCCCCGAUCCAACCGGCUGGUCCGGCUGUGGUCCCCCUCACAGCAUCUAAAGUCAAAGAGGUUGAAGUCACUCCUGCCUCAGUUUCAGAACCUCCACCUGCUGCUGUAGUAACUUUGACGCCGCCCGCAGUACAGACCCCAGCAGCAGCCCAAAAUCCAGCACCGACUUCCUCACCCACAGGCUCCCACAGAGUCUGUACUCAGAAUGAACAGGAAGUAAAGAAGGUGGAGGUCAAUACAGAGGAACAUUCGUCAGAUGGAGAGAUGGAGGACUCGUCCGCAAGCGACGAGGGAAACUCAGACGAAGAAAAGGUCCUGAAAGAUGAGCAUCGACGUGAUCACAACCAGAAGGAGAGGUGGCGCCGUGGAGAACUGGUGAAGUUAUUCAAAGAUCUGAGGAAGGUGAUGGGCUUGAAGACCCCGUUAUCCCAGCUCAGCAUCCUUGACAAAGCCACUACAGAGAUCCAGAAUCUGGCGGCGACUGAGCUCGACCUCCUCAUAAAGAAGAGAAGCCUCAGCAAAAGGAGAGACAGCCUCCUCAGCACCAUUGCUCCUUCCUCAGGUGGAUCGAGCCCCUCACAACAGCUCGUGAACAGUAAUGAUGAGGCAGACACAAAGAGUCCGGAGGAGACCUGGGACGAGGACGAGUGUGCAGCUCUGGAGAUCCUCCGAAGCCUCCUGCGCCAGACCCACACUUCUGACCUCCAGCUGCUAGACCUGGUGCGUCAGGAGAUCAGUGAUCAGCAGGACCUGAUGAGAAGGCUGAGGGGCGUGAAGAAGCGUCUGAAGCAACAGCGAGAAUCUUUGGUGCGACAGAUAUCUGAGCACACAGGUCAGAGCCCUGAGAUGAUCCAGUCCAAGCCUCUGUCGUCCAAACCGAGUGAGGUGGAGAUGAUUGAAAGGUCCUCCCCUUCUACAUCCGCCCCCCCUCUCCCUGCUGCUCUGUGUAACAACCCGCUCCCAGAUAUCCAGGUAGCUCCACGCAUCACCAGCCCCGCCCCAGCACCUCAGCAGGUAACUUCUUUAGCCUGCCAAGAUGCAGCUGAGCAAAAGCGGAGGACCCAUCCCAUCAUCCUGCGUCGUUCUCGACAGAAGGCCACGGUCUUGAAACAGAAACGAGCUGAGGCGCCAAUGAUGCCAGGCGCCACCUUGGUACCUCUCCCUGUGGUAGAGGCCCCAGACCGGCCAGCAGAAUCUUAUCCUGCUGAUGUCACAACACUCCUCCAUGAGCUCUCCUUCCUCAACCAGACAUCUGCUCGGUUGUUACCACAGAAACCGAGCACCCCGGACAAAGCCACCUCUCUCCCGCAAGACCCCGCCAAUAAUCAAACGACUCCCCCCGAGGACACUCAGGGGGAUCUCAAUGGUCACCUGGAGACUCAGCAGCGAGUUGAGUCGGUGACUGAGAACCUAAAGGGGAGUGUCCUUGCCCCACCUCCCCUGCUGCAGAUGAGGGUGGAUGCCCCCAAGAAGACAGAGCCAGCUGUGGCAUCCAGCCAGCACUCAGAGGAAGGUGUGGCCUGGAGGCCUAUGCCGAGACUGGUUCCCUUGGGACUGAAAGGAGCUCCGCCCACCUGAUGAUGUCAUCACGGUGGGGUUUGUUUUUUUGCACAUUCAGGGGCCAAUCACGGGCUCCCUUCUGCCUUGGCAACGACUGGCCAGUCGCCUGGACGUCACCAACGCGGGACUGACAAUGUCAGGAAUACAAGUUCACAAGUAUAUAUUUGAAAACAAACCUGUGAGCUGAAUGUAGUUUGUGUUCAGACGACUUUGAAUAUGUGUGUGAAUUCACUGGGUGACCCCUUGGCAGCAAAUUAGACAGAAUCUGUCGUAACUGUCAACACAUAACAGGUGAACCAAGACCAGCAGAAGAUCAACGACAUACGAAAUAUUGUUAGCCAUUCAUGGAUCCUGUGAGCAAGUCUCAAAUUUCAAGUGUUUGGGGUGCAGGUUAGCGAGGACAUACAUUGUUACAUAUCUAAAAGAUGUUUUAAAUAUCAGUUCUGCUCAACGUCGUCAUUCUGUAGAGAACAGCCGCAGGUAGCGUUUACCUCAGGGUAUUUAUCCCGAGCAAAAACAAUGGGUAAUGUAAAUGUAAAAAAAAAAACCCAGGCGCAGAAGGUCAAACAUUGUGAUCUGGUGUUGGCGUUGCCCCCGGUGGACAGUCGCUCUGUGCACACAAAGUGCGGUUCAGUGUUCUCCAGUCAGCCGCGCUUUUAUUUGGAAAACAGGUUACUGAGUUGACAGUUCUUGUGUAGGAAAACCUGUUUUGUGUUCCGGUUGUGGGAUGAGACAUGGUCUCAAGAACUGGUUGAAUAAACCUUAGAUGGAAAUUUCUAAAUAAA